UUCACUUCCUCUUCAGCUUCAUAGCAUAAGGGAACCACAGACGCUUGCUGUUUACUUUUUGUUCAUCCAAGAUUUAUCAAACAAAUAUAAACUGAGCAUAAGUGUUGUCCACCGAAAAUGAUUCCUUAUACUGUCAACAUCAAACUAGCGGCUCGGACGUUGACUGGCGCUUUGAAUUUACAGAAUAAAACGGCUGUAGAUUGGGGUUGGCAGGGACUGAUUGCACAGGGAUGUCACUCCAGCAUUCUCAUCAUCGACCCAAAGACAGCUCAGACCAUACAGGUGUUGGAGAGGCACAAAACCAACGUGGUGAAGGUAAAAUGGUCCAGAGAAAACUACUACCACAACUUGAGUUCACCUUACUCUCUGCGGCUGGCUUCAGGUGAUGCCUCUGGAAAGAUCAUCGUCUGGGAUGUGGUCAGUGGCACUGCUCACUGUGAGAUCCAGGAGCAUUCCAAACCUAUUCAGGACUUGGAGUGGCUGUGGAGUCAAGAUGUGUCUCGUGAUCUUUUGUUAGCUGUCCACCCUCCUAACUACAUAGUUCUGUGGAACGGAGACACAGGCACCAAGCUGUGGAAGAAGAGCUACGCUGAGAAUAUCCUGUCAUUUUCUUUUGACCCCUUUGACCUCUCCAACAUGGCAUUACUGACAAGUGAGGGAAUAGUUUUCAUCACAGAUUUCACCCACUCCAAACCUCCAAGCAGUGCUGGCAAGAAGGUCUAUAUUGCCAGUCCCCACACAAGUCCCGCCUACACCAAGCCUGCACCCGCGACUGCACCAGCUCCCACUGGGGCCAAGAAAGCUCUCAACAAGGUCAAAGUUCUCAACAAUGAAAAGCCCACUGCUGAGGCAGUUACCUUGAAUGACUGUCUGCAGCUCACCUACCUGCCUUCUAAGAGGAACCACAUGCUGCUGCUUUAUCCCAGAGAGAUCCUCAUCCUGGAUCUGGAGCUCAGCCAGACUGUUGGUGUGGUGGCCAUUGAGCGCUCCGGAGUGCCCUUCAUCCAGGUCAUCCCCUGUGCUCAGAGGGACGCUCUCUACUGCCUGCACGAGAACGGCUGCAUCACCCUGCGGGUGUGUCGCACCACCACUGCUGCCGAGGAGGUGGCCGACCCAGAGCAGAAUGUUCAGGAGCUUGUUUACGACCUGCGUUCUCAAUGUGAUGCCAUUCGUGUCACGAAGACGGUUCGCCCAUAUCGCAUGAUUAUUUGCCCCGUCAAUGAAAACAAUGCUGCGCUGAUGGUCAGUGAUGGCAGGGUCAUGCUGUGGGAGCUGAAAGCCCACACAGGCAAGGCCUCCACCAAUCCCAGCUCGGGCCUGUCUCCACUGUACUCCCCGGUGUCUUUUUGUGGCGCUCCACUGGGUCCAAACCAGAAGAAGAUCCAGGAUUUGUCCCUCAACAGCAUGAUUGGCCAAUCCUUGAUUGCGGGUGAAGCUCCUCCUCUCUCUUCCAACCAGCAUGAAGUCCAGCUGAAGUUUCUGCUGACUGGUCUGCUGUCUGGACUGCCACUGCCACCAUUCGCCAUCCGCAUGUGCCCACCUCUCACCACCAAAAACAUCACCCACUACCAGCCUUUGCUGGCUGUAGGUACGAGUAAUGGGUCUGUGCUGGUCUAUAACCUCACCAGUGGUCUUCUCCACAAAGAGCUGAGUGUCCACUCUUGUGAAGUCAGGGGGAUUGAAUGGGUCAGUUUGACUAGUUUCCUGUCAUUUGCCAAUUCUGCUCCCAACAAUAUGGGCCUGGUACGAAAUGAAGUGCAGCACGUUGACCUGCCUACGGGCAGAUGCUUUGCAUUCCGAGGCGAGCGCGGCAACGAUGAGCCGCCCAUUGAGAUGAUUAAAGUCUCACAUCUAAAGCAGUACCUGGUUGUGGUGUUCAGAGACAAACCCCUGGAAUUGUGGGACAUCAGGACAGGAACUCUGCUCCGGGAGAUGGCAAAGAACUUCCCCACUGUUACUGCACUGGCAGUGGCACCAUCCCACAAUCUGAAGAGUCUGAAGAAGAAGCAGAUGGCAGUGAGGGAGGCCAUGGCACGACAGACGGUGUCGGACACUGAGCAGACAAGUGUUGAAUCUUCAGUCAUCAGUCUCCUGCAGGAUGCAGAGAGUAAGUCAGAAACCAGCCAGGCCAUUUCAGCCAGGGAGCAUUUUGUAUUCACAGACACAGACGGACAGGUCUACCACAUCACUGUCGAGGGCAACACCGUCAAAGAUGGUGCUCGAAUUCCUCCUGAUGGUAGUAUGGGUAGUAUUGCCUGCAUUGCCUGGAAAGGAGACACCCUGGUGCUUGGGGAUGUGGAUGGCAACCUCAACUUCUGGGAUCUCAAAGCACGUUUGUCCAGGGGAAUACCAACACACCGUGGCUGGGUGAAGAAGAUUCGCUUUGCACCAGGGAAAGGGAACCAGAAGCUCCUGGUUAUGUAUACAGAUGGGGCAGAGGUCUGGGACACCAAAGAGGUUCAAAUGGUCAGCAGCAUGCGGAUUGGACGCAAUGUGAAUUACCGCAUCCUGGACAUUGACUGGUGCACUUCAGACAAAGUUGUGUUGGCAUCUGAUGACGGCUGUGUCCGUGUGUUGGAGAUGGCCAUGAAGUCUGCCAGCUACCGCAUGGAUGAACAAGAUCUAACAGAUCCCGUGUGGUGUCCCUACCUGCUGCUGCCCCGAGCUGCCCUCACUCUGAAAGCUUUUCUGCUCCUGCAGCCCUGGUCAGGAACCUUUACCAUGGACAUUACCCAAGUAGACUAUAAUGAGAAAGACGAGAUAAAAGGUCUGAUCCAGGAGCAGCUCAACUCCCUCUCUAACGAUAUGAAGUGUGUGCUGCAGGACCCGGAGCUCAACUUGCUGCAGCGCUGCCUCUUGGUCUCACGGCUGUUCGGGGAUGAGUCUGACCUGCACUUCUGGACGGUGGCAGCUCACUACCUGCAGUCGUUUGCUCAGGCUCGUCAGUUAAGUGUGUCCAUAGCUGAGGGUCAAACGCAAAACGAUGGAAGCCAGCCUCCAUCCCAGAGUCACCUGGAUAUCUGCCACGACGUCCUGUGUGAGAGCUCGUACUUCCAGAAGUUCCAGUUGGAUCGAGCGCACCUUCAGGAGGUGAAACGCUCGAGUUAUGAACACACAAAGAAAUGUGCUGAUCAGCUCCUCCUGCUGGGUCAGACGGACCGUGCUGUGCAGUUACUAUUGGAAACGAGCGCUGACAAUCCCAGCUACUACUGCGAUUCACUCAAGGCCUGCCUGGUCACCACCAUCACCUCCUCAGGCCCCUCCCAGUCCACCAUCAAGCUGGUGGCCACCAACAUGAUUGCAAAUGGCAAGCUAGCAGAGGGAGUCCAGCUGUUGUGUUUGAUUGAUAAGGCAGCAGAUGCUUGUCGCUACCUGCAGACCUAUGGAGAGUGGAACCGCGCUGCCUGGCUCGCUAAGGUGCGUCUGAACCCAACAGAGAGCUCGGAUGUGCUGAAGCGCUGGGCGGAACACCUGUGCUCCCCGCAGGUCAACCAGAAGUCCAAAGCCAUCCUGGUGCUGCUGUCCCUGGGCUGCUUUAACAAAGUCGGAGAGAUGCUCCACAUUAUGAGGCACUUUGAUCGCGCCGCCCUCUUCAUCGAAGCCUGUCUGAAGUACGGCAUGAUGGAGGCCAACGACUCUUCCAAUAAACUAAUCGAGGCUGCUUUUCUGGAUUACGCACGACUGCUGCGCUCGCUGGGCCUGCGCGAGGGCGCCGCUCUCUGGGCAUCGCGUGCAGGCAGCGCUGGGGAGCAGCUGAUGGAGGAGCUGUUCCAGGGAGAAGGAGGUGGACCAGAUUCUGUCGUCCUGUGUGAGGAGGGAGUCAAGCGGGGCCUGGAGACCACAGAGUGAUCUCGAGGACCUGGUGGUCUUUGUUCUAGAAGCACGGUCAGACUGUGGACCUUAACUUGUCUCGGGUGUUGCGUAUUAACUUUUUGUCAUAAUCCAGAGGUGUCUGUGAUCAUCAUCAUUGGCACUGAAACAGGAAUGACCAAUAAGGAAUGUGAAGUGAGGUGACGCUGGGUUCUGUUUCCAUGGCGAUGGUGAGUUAGAUUUUUUUUUUUCCUAACAUUCGUUAGAAGUUGCAUUUGAUUGUGGACACAUAAAGAAGGAAGGAUCUGAUUUUGUCGUUUACCGCCACGUGGCUCUGUGGUUUUCUUCACUAUAAUCGUUGUAACUCGACCUUUAAUCUGUUUGUUUAUUUUGUGUCUGCAUGAAUAAUUUCAAAGCACUGCUUCAGUUUGACACGUCAACAUUUUUUGUCUUUUUUUAAAAAAGGACAAAAUACAGUGAAAUUGAUUUAUGCACAAAUCAGACAUUCCAUGUUUGACUGUGGACACAUCCCAUGUCUGUGAUGGAAUUCCAAAAGUGACGAUGCCUCCAUCCUCCUCUGCUGGGAUUUCAUAGUGUGACACACCGACCACGGCGCCACACUCACAACCAUGUCAAGAACAACAUGUCAUGAAGAUAAAAAAAGGAUGAGCUGAACACAACCAAUAACUCAACGACAAGAAAUACUUAUUAAUUGCUGUUUUGAGAAAGUGGCCAUGAUUCUUUUUUGGGCUGCCAGAAAACACUUGAGACCUACUGGACCAAAGUUUGACCUUAGAAACAGGGUCAAAGGUAUGUUGUGUAUUUUAGUGUUGGGUGUGCAAAUGUACCAGAGGCUUUUUCCUUUCGUGUCGUUCGCAGUUCUUUGGAUAUGAAGGCGGACAGACGAUCAAACUGCACUUUGACUCGUAAGUCGAUCCUCAUUGAAACAGUCCAAAAACAAUUAACCUACUGAUUGGUGAUCAGCAAAUUUUUUAGGUUGCAGGUGAAAUACAAUACUGUGCAAAAGUUUAGGUACAUUUAAUGCAUUGUAACAACAUUAAAAAUUACAAAAAACCUGGUAAAUAUUCAUAAAUCAAUUAAAUAAAUGUGAUGAAUUUCAACGUUAAUGAUGAUCAGUAUGAACAAGUUUAUACGGUUUAUAAUACGAUUUCAUAUGUAUGUCGCACCAGAGUACAAGUCGCAGGACCUAAACUAUUUUAAGAAAAACACAACUUAAAGUUUGAGCAGUUGUGUUUUACAAUCGUUCUAAUAUUGCAUGAUCAUUUGCAACUGUUUUUGUUUGGUAUUCUCCAGGCCAGUACAUGUACAAAGAAAUUAUUAUCAUGGAAUAAAAAUAUAGCUCACAUA